GGUGUGAAGGGGACGCAUAAGAGCGUGAUUAGUGACUUGUCAGGUAGUGGGAAUGAUGAUAAUAAUAAUGUGAGUUGAGUAGAAAGAAUGCCUCUGGUAAGGGAGGCAGUGAUUCAGACAGCCCGAGCAAAUAUCUUACCAUUCUCUUUUAUUCCACAGCUUCACCGAUUGCCCAUUGCCUAUUGCCUGUGCGCUCAUUACUAUUCACUUCCUCGCCUCAUAGCUUCAGCCUAUAUAGUGCAAACCAUCCAGCGCAACAUUCGCCCUCCUCCACCUUUUCUCCUUCUUCCUCAACAUUCCUUCCAUUCCCUUGUGAGUUGUCAAUAUCCUCUCUCGCUUCUCGUUAACUUGCAAUUGCAGCGCUAGAAUAUGCGAAGCAUGGCGAGCUCUCCCUCCUCCCGAGGCAUUGCCGCUAUCGUCGGCGUGGGCCCCAAGCUCGGCCGAUCAAUCGCCCGCAAGUUUGCUCACGAAGGCUACACCGUUGCCAUCCUUGCUCGCGACCUAGGGAGGCUGUCGAGAUUCGCGGACGAGAUAGCGAGGGACGAAAAGGCACAGGUAUUCGCAAUACGAAUUGACUGCUCCGAUUCGAGAAGCGUGAGAGAGGCAUUUGAAGGAGUGCUGUCUCUAGGAUUUGUGGAGGUCCUUGUCUAUAAUGCUUACCAGCCUCUUUCCUGGAACCGCACUUCCUUCCAUGACGUUCGCGUCGAGUCUUUUGAAAAAUCUCUCGCCGUCUCUUCCGUCGGCGCCUUCCACUGCGCCCAACAGGUGCUGCCGGGCAUGGUGGAGCGGGGAAGGGGCACAAUUCUCUUCACUGGCUGUUCGGCUUCUCUAAACGGCAUUGCGGGUUUCUCGGAACUUUGCUGUGGGAAAUUCGCUUUGAGGGCACUAUCGCAGUGUCUGGCCAGGGAAUUUCAGCCCCAGGGAGUGCACGUAGCGCAUGUUAUCAUCGACGGUGUAGUUGGCCCGCCGAGGGGAACAGCGGCAUUUCAGAGAGCGUCCAUUGGGGAACAACCCAGUGGAGUAGGGGACGGCACGAUGGACCCCGACGCUCUUGCUCAGACCUACUGGCAAUUGCACGUUCAGGAUCGUAAUGCUUGGACCCAGGAGAUCGACCUCCGUUCCUCCACUUCAAGAUUCUUCUAGCUAUACUAGUUCUUUUCCUUCCCGUCCCAUUCCUUUUCUGAUCAAUCAUUCUCGAUCGAGUUUCUCUCAGUUAAUUCUAUGCUCUUUUCCUUGAUCUCAGUUAUACAUAGAAGUGAAAAGAGGUCGAGAGAGAAGGUUUUAUUUUGUGUCUUUUUUUUUUCAAUGUAAAACGUAUGCAUAUAUGUUCACGAAGGGCUUGUUGUAAAGUUGCCGUCGUUUCUGAAACGUAACCAUUGAGACUUGGCAUUUUACUCUAAAACAUGACCAGUGACAAUUUUGUCGGCAAUGGGACGACUUGUACAGGGAGAAUCGGAAGUGGGAUAUGAUAGUGUGAUGGGUCCAACCUCGGAAAAGCUAGAAGUGGGGGGAAGGGGUGGGAUGGGGACAGGGUUUCAUGGAUGAAAGAAGGACUUCGUGUUCCAAUGUGGGACACACAAACUUGGGAGUACUUGCUUCAAUCUGGAACACUUUCUUUUGAGCGCAUGGUGAUGAAGAACUGCUCGUUGGCAUGGAAAUGGGAACAGAAAUGUUUCGAGGAGGGGACAAAAAUUGGGGAGUGAGUGGUAGCACUCAGAAAAAGAGAAUAGGGUGUGGGUGACGUGUCAGUUGCGAUAUUUGUCGGAAGAGCCGUUAAACAUUGUAGGGCGGAGGGGCUUCACUGACAACUCAACUACUUUGGAUAACGUGACUGCGGGGUCCACCGCAAUGAAUGUGAGUGGGUAUUACAUGAUUGGGUGAAGCCGGGCGACGCUUCCAUUCAUAAUUGAGCUUUGUAAUUGCCAUCGUAUCAGACCCAGGGCGUCUCGUCUCAAAAGUUAUUGUUGCAACGUGUCUAGUCUCCAGACACUCUCACUGCCUCAUUGAUUCGCUUCUUGACUUGUGACUAUGCUCUGUAAUGCUGAACCUAUUUUAUUAGUUUAACUGUUUUUAUAA